AGAACGAAGGCUGUGGGUAAGGCGACAUUUCCUGCCCCCGGGGCCAGGGCUCGGGGAGAGAUGAUGAGUUGCUGAGUGUGCACCCCUUUCCGGAGCACAUACACAUUCCCUGCUCUGGGGUCCCUUGUCAGGCUGCCCCCAUGGAGCUCCCCCUGGCCCAGACAUGUCCCCGAGGGAGUCACGAAGUCCCCGUCCCAACCUUCAGCACCUUCAAGCCCACGGACAUGACCCGCAGGAGCUGCCAGGGCCUGGGCUACACCGCGGCAUCUCCCCAGGCCCCAGAGGCUGCCUCCAUCCGAGAGAAUGCUGAGAGGGCAGAGGAGGUGCCUGGGAAAGGAAGCCUGUCCCUGCAGGCCGAGAUCUGGGCUUGGUUCCAGAAGACCCAGGCCCACUGUCUCCUGCAGCACGGGGCAGCCCCUACCUGGUUCCAUGGCUUCAUCACCCGGAGGGAGGCAGAGAGGCUGCUGGAACCCAAGCCUCAGGGAUGCUACUUGGUGCGGUUCAGCGAGAGCGCGGUGACCUUCGUGCUGACUUACAGGAGCCGGACUUGCUGCCGCCACUUCCUGCUGGCCCAGCUCGGGGACGGGCGCCACGUGGUGCUGGGCGAGGACAGCGCCCACGCGCGGCUGCAGGACCUGCUGCGGCACUACACGGCGCACCCGCUCAGCCCCUACGGGGAGACGCUCACCGAGCCCCUUGCCCGCCAGACUCCUGAGCCUUCAGGACUUUCCCUGAGGACCGAAGAAUCAGACUCUGAAAGCAAAAGCCAGGACCCAAACCCCCAGUACAGCCCAAUCAUCAAGCAGGGGCAUGCCCCAGUCCCGAUGCAGAAAGAGGGGGUCGAGGAGAAAGAGCCCUCCCAGACACUCAGGCCCAAGCCUCCCAUCCCCACCAAACCUCAGCUGCCCACAGAACUCUACACAAGCCCUGCUCCACGCCGCUGCCCGGCCUCACCCCCCAGGCCCCCCAACCCUAUCUACAACGAGCCUGAUGAACCCAUAGCCUUCUACGCCAUGGGCCGGGGCAGCCCCGGGGAAGCCCCCAAGAACAUCUACGUGGAGGUGGAAGAUGAGGGCCUGCCCACCACCCUCGGGCACCCUGUCCUACGGAAAAGCCGGUCCAGGCCUGUCCCAGGAGGCCAGAAUACAGGUGGCUCCCAGCUGCGUUCUGAGAUCUCUGUGAUUGGGCAAGGCCCUCCCCUGCCUCACCAGCCCCCACCCAACUGGAGACACACUCUCCCCCACAAUCUUUCUAGACAGGAGCUUCAGGACAGAGGACAGGCAUGGCUCCCUCUCAGGCCUCCUCAGUAGGCGGUCUAGCCUGACCCCCUCCAAAGAAGCCUGGAGGUCAGAGAAGCAAAUGUGGAGUCUGCUCCCUCCUGAGAUCCCAAGAAUCCAGUGGCUCAGUGCUUGGUGAUCCUCUAAGACAGCAAGGAAGUGUGCAAGGAGGGCCCUGCUGGCUCCCACUGUCCUGGUUUCUCCUCCUGGAGUCUAAUUUCCUUGGCCCUCUGAGCCUUUGGGUCUGGGCCUUGGUCCAAUGCUGCUGUUGUCUGAGGAAUGGUUUGGUGAGAACAGAUGUUAGAACUUGUUUGUUGAUUCUUGUCUGGCUAAUAAAUCAUCACCAACUGCCUCCCCCUACAGGGA